AUGUAUUCCAAUAAAAUUGAAGGACCGCGUCGAGGAAGAUCUUUCGACUCCAUGAACAUCGGGAAUGAAGAAAAGCUACUGAACAAUGAGAUGAACAAAUCUACCUUCACAAAGAUUGAAGAAUGCAGAACGGAGAAAAAGAACGCGCCGUCAGACGGCCGAGCAGCGAUUGUCUUCUCACUCAAGAAUGAAGUCGGAGGACUAGUGAAGGCGCUGAAACUUUUCCAGGAAAACCACGUCAAUCUUGUCCACAUAGAAUCCAGAAAAUCGAAAAGGCGUAACUCUGAAUUUGAGAUCUUCGUGGACUGUGACAGCGAUCACGAGCAGCUCAACGAGAUCAUUCAGCUGCUACGUAAGCACGUUAACGUAGUGGACAUGGACCCGCCUGACAACUCCUGUUUACCUGAAGAAGAAAAUGUCCCCUGGUUCCCCAAGAAGAUCUCAGAUCUGGACAAGUGUGCCAACCGGGUUUUAAUGUACGGAUCAGACUUGUAUGCUGACCAUCCGGGCUUCAAGGACAACGUCUACAGAAGAAGGAGGAAGCAUUUCGCUGAUCUCGCCAUGAACUACAGACACGGGGACCCUAUCCCUCGUAUAGAGUUUACAGAGGAGGAGUUGGCGACGUGGGGGGUGGUGUACCGGGAGCUCAACAAGCUGUACCCUACCCACGCCUGUAGAGAGUACCUGAAGAAUCUGCCUCUACUGGCCAAACACUGUGAAUGUAGAGAGGAUAACAUACCCCAGCUAGAGGACGUAUCACGCUUCCUUAGAGAGCGGACAGGCUUUACCGUCAGGCCUGUGGCAGGUUACCUCUCCCCCAGAGACUUCCUAGCUGGUCUGGCCUUCCGUGUGUUCCACUGUACCCAGUAUGUCCGACACAGCUCCGACCCCCUCUACACACCAGAGCCAGACACAUGCCAUGAAUUGCUGGGUCACGUCCCGUUGCUGGCUGAGCCCAGCUUCGCCCAGUUCUCCCAGGAGAUAGGCCUGGCUUCCCUCGGAGCUUCAGAUGAAUCCAUACAGACCCUGGCUACUUGUUAUUUCUUCACGGUGGAGUUCGGCCUGUGUAAACAGGAAGGGAAGCUGAGAGCGUAUGGAGCAGGCCUGCUGUCCUCCAUCAGUGAACUCAAGCAUGCUCUGUCUGGUAACGCCGUCAUCAAGCCCUUUGACCCCAAGGUCGCAUGUAAACAAGAGUGCAUCAUCACAACAUUUCAGGACGUCUACUUUGUGUCCGACAGCUUUGAGGAGGCCAAAGUCAAGAUGAGGGAGUUUGCCAAGACGAUCAAGCGUCCGUUCACAGUGCGAUACAACCCCUACACCCAGAGUGUGGACGUUCUGAAGGACACUCCCAGCAUUAACAGCGUGGUGGAGGAGCUGAGACACGAACUGGACAUCGUGGGCGACGCCCUCAGCCGGCUUAACAAACACCUGGGAGUCUGA